CAGCCCCGCCUUAAAAUGGACUCUGUUGUUUUGGAAAUUUUUCUAAGCUCGACCUUAAAGAUUGAAAAUCUUAAUGGAUUGAUAGCACUACUUGAGAGGCAUAAGUACAACAAGGCAUCAUAUUAUCAACUUGGUCUACAUCUUCAACUACACGAUAACACAUUGAAGAGCAUUGAAAAAGAACACAAAGGACAGGUUGAUCGUUGCUUUACUGAGUGUUUGUCUCACUGGUUGCGUAAAGUUGAUGGUGUGGCGAAUCCAACAAUAGAUACACUGAUAGAUGCUCUUAGAGGAAUAGGAGAGAAUGCUGUAGCUGAUGGUAUUAAUGAACAAAGAAUUCAUAGUUUGCCUAGUAAUGAAAUCAUAAAUCAAGUCAGACUAACAGCUACACCUACAUCGGAAGUCAAUGAAAAUCGUCCAGACCAGCCCAUAAUUCAAGCCGGCCGUUGUUUUAUUUUUGGGGCGAGCAUGAGCGAGAUCCACUCUAAUCUGUCUAGGUCUAUUUGCUUUACGUCUUGUUUGUGAACAGAAAUAUAUGAAAACUAAAUUA